CGCGCCUGCUGCCGUGCGAGCGCUCACUAUACAUCGUCGAGGCAUCAUCAUGGCCACUGCGCCCAUCAUCUUCGCGGCAGCAGCUCUCACGGACCCGCAUGACGUCUUCAUCAGCUCGGCGGCCAGCUCCCUCUUCCACCUCUACCACAAGGGCAUCGGGUCCCUGUUCGCGGGCACGGAACUGUCCGACUCGCGCUCCGAGGUCCAAGUUGGGCGGGCGCUGCAGGCGCAGGUGGGGGACCCAGGCGACCCGUGA